AUGGAGAUUUACGAUAGCAGGUACUUCGUCUUCAACAAGCGCUUUCAAAUGGCGCUGGGAAUUUGGCCGUACCAGAGUCGCGUGAAAAAUUCAAUCACAUAUGCUGGGCUGGUGCUGGUGAUGAUCAUCAUGCUGAUACCACAAUUCAUACGGCUGAACACGUAUUUGGGGAAGGACAUCGAGAAGACGAUGGAGAACAUUUUCAUUUUUUUCUACGUCUUCGGGAUCUUUGUUAAACUGUUCACCGCCCACUUUGCCGAAGACAAGCUGAAAAUCUUGUACGAAAGCACCGCGAAGAACUUUGAGACCUACACCGAUGCGGUAGAGGCGGAAAUUAUGAAGCGAUACUCCGAGAGGGGCCGACUGCUCACCUUUGUCUUUCUCCUAUACAUGAUUUCGGCAGUGGCGGUGUCGGUGGUGCUACCGAUGUGUCCCAUCGUCCUGGACUCGACCGAUCCUCUCGACCAGCCGAGGCCCCGAAUGUUUAUACUGAACGGAGAAUACAUUGUCGACAAAUACGAGUACUAUUUUCAAAUCUAUACGCUGGAUAUAAUUUCCGUUUUUCUGAUGAUCUGUAUUUUGUGUGCGACCGACCCGAUGUACGCGGCGAUCGUCGAGCACUGCUUAGGCCUGUUCUCGAUUUGCAAAUACCGAUUAAGAAACUUCAACAAGUCCUGUGGGCUACAGAUGGUCGAGCACGCCGAAGCCGAGCGAUACGGAGGCGACUACGCCUACGCUGCGCUCGUCAGAGCGAUUCUUUUACACAAGGACAUUAUAAAGUUCACCGAGAUCAUUCAAACCUCGUAUUCCCUGUACUUUCUGCUGGAAAUGGGAGCCACCAUCGGUAUUUUGACGUCGAGCUCCGUUGUGGUCGUGAUGAAGCUGAAGCAACCCCUCGAACUCUUGAGGUGGUCUUUGUUCCUCUUCGGCGUCAUUCUGCACAUAUUCUUUCUGACUUGGCCUGGACAAAAGUUGAUCGACUUCAGCAGCGACAUCUUCCAAGAGGCGUAUCUUAACGAUUGGUACAAGAGUUCGCUGAAGUGUCAGAAUCUAUUGAAGUUCAUGUCGUUAAGAUGCUCGAGGCCUUGUGAGCUGUCGGGAGGUGGACUGUACAUCAUGAAUUUCAUCAACUUUGCGACGAUUCUCAAGACCUCAGCUUCGUACAUCACGGUCUUCUCAUCAGUUUGAUUAUCGAUUGGAGAGUAGAAGACGCACUGGUUAACUUGCGGAAUAAUACAAUCGAUUGUUCAUUAGAUCGCGGCACUUAUUGAAUAAAAAAUUUUUUAUCG